AUGCCCGGAGCGGGCGUAUUUUGGAAACAAUACCGCGCGGUGCGCCGUGGCCUCCUCUCGCGCCAGCUCGCGCCUGCAGCAGCCGCUGCCCUAGCUCGUACCACCGCCUCCCGCCGCAGCCCGCUGGAGUUUGCCCCCUCCUUCCCUAUCGAGUGUGGGCGCCAAGCCCCCCGAGUGCUCGUCACCCUGGACCCUGGCGCAGAGCCCUGGCAUCACGACUCGGAGGCUGAGACUCUGUCCUGGAGUCACCCAGGAGAGAUGGAGCCACCGCAGUGUGUGGAGGAGCUGGAAGACGAUGUGUUCCAGCCAGAGGAUGGGGAGCCAGGGACACAACCUGGGAGCUUGCUCUCUGCUGACCUGUUUGCCCAGAGCCAGCUGGAUUGCCCCCUCAGCCGGCUCCAGCUCUUCCCUCUCACUCACUGCUGUGGUCCUGGGCUCCGGCCCAUAAGCCAGGAAGACAAGGCCACCCAGACCCUCAGCCCAGCUUCCCCAAGCCAGGGUGUUAUGCUGCCUUGCGGGGUGACAGAGGAACCCCAGAGACUCUUUUACGGCAAUGCUGGCUACAGGCUUCCGCUCCCUGCCAGUUUCCCUGCAGGCUUGCCCCUUGGGGAGCAGCCCCCCGAGGGACAGUGGCAACAUCGAGCAGAGGUACAGAUCGCCAGAAAGCUUCAGUGCAUUGCAGACCAGUUUCAUCGGCUUCAUAUACAACAACACCAGCAGAACCGAGACCGUGCAUGGUGGCAGGUCUUCCUCUUCCUGCAAAACCUGGCCUUGAACAGAGAAGAAAACAGGGAAGGGGCGGGUCCCUGGUGAGGCUGGGUGGCCCUUGUUGGAUGGAGCACCAGGAACGCAGUCUGGAACGGGACAGUCAUCCGGGAGGACGGACACUGUCUUGUCGAGUUUUGUUAUUUUUAAUUUUUUUCCCUGUGUGUACAUAUAACAUACCCCAGUGGGAUCUUCUUUUCUGUUCAGAACCCCCACUGGGAACGGGGGGCCUUUGUCAAACACUGUUGAAGGAGGGGCGGCUGUGUCUGCUGGUGGAGUUCCUAAGACUCUGACGAUGGUGAUGUUCUCCAGGAAGUGGACCAAGGCUUUCCUACUGGAGCCAGUUAGGAAAUAGGAGGCCAGGUUAGACUCCCCCCAGUACCACCAAAUGUGUCAGCCUUCCCUCAUGCCUGAUGGAAACACAGCCUUAACCCACCAGGACCUUGGCCAGGGGCUUCCUGGCUGAGAACCGCAAUGCCUUGGCUAGCCAGCCCUGUGUCUGGGUUCCCACUUGGCACUGCCAGUGCCCACCGCAUGGGCUCAGGGAUUGUUACCCAGAUCCUGUCACCUCCAGAAGACCUCAGGGAGGGUUGGACUUCUCCAAGAACCUCUCAAAGGUGCCUCAAAAUGGAGUCAAGCUUGAUAGAUAGGUCUCAAGUCUGACUUGGUCCCACAUGGAAGCCCCUUGAUUGGUUCCAGGGCGCAAACUACUGCCACCUUGGCUGCCUGGGUGUCAGCCAUGUGUGAGCCAAGAAGCCGGUCACCAUCGCGUUGUGCCCAGCGGCCUGUGCCUUUGUCGGCUGUC